UCUUCUUUCUCUCUCUACUGAGUCUAAAAUGGACGCAAAAUCCAGCCCAACUUCAACCAUCUUCCGUUCUCAGUCGCCGUCGUCGUCCCCAUUACCGCCGCCGCAGAGUGUUCAGGCCGGCUUGGUGGCCAGUCCGUGUGCUGCGUGCAAGACUCUGAGGCGGAGAUGCACAGAGAAAUGCGUAUUGGCGCCCUAUUUCCCUCCCUCUGAUCCUCUCAAGUUUACCAUUGCUCACCGUAUCUUCGGCGCUAGCAACAUCAUCAAAUUGCUUCAGGAUCUUCCUGAAUCACAGAGAAUUGAUGCAGUGAGUAGCUUGGUAUACGAAGCAAGCGCAAGAAUCAGAGAUCCAGUAUAUGGAUGUGCAGGGGCCAUUUCCCAGCUCCAAAAACAAAUAAACGAACUGCAAGCAGAGCUAGCCAAAACACAGGCUGAGCUUCUCAACAUCCACAGCCACCAAACAAAUUUGGUGGCUCUAAUUUGCAAGGAACUAGCUCAAACACCGCCACCGGUGUCGCCCCUGGACCACCACACACUCGACAACAAUCUCAACACUGCCACUCCUCAGAGCUACACAAAUUUGUUUGAAGAUAGCAGCAUUUGGGAGCCUCUUUGGACAUGAUUAGACCUGAAAAGGUUGUGGGAAGUCAAAGAUGGAGUAGAAUAUAUAAAAGUUGAGUAGUUGAAUAUUGGGUAAUAUUAGGCAGUUGUUAGGUUAGAUGGGUUCCUCAUUUGCUCCCUCACAACCAAGAAAAGUGGAGUGAAGAAGAAAAAGAAUGAUGUUUACUACACUAAAUUAGUGCAAAAGUAUUAAAUCAUAGUGUGUGUAUAUAUAUAUAUCCUUAGAUAUCUUUGUCAAAGUUCCUUAAAGUGGUGUCAAUUGUGUUGCUUCCCUCCUUUGAAAAUGACCACAAAUGUCCCCUUGCUAU